AUGGGUCACUCCCACGGUCUCCGAUCCGGCACCCGGUAUGCCUUCUCUCGCAACUUCCGCCAGAAGGGUGCGAUUCACCUGUCGACCUACCUGAAGACCUACCGGGUUGGUGAUAUCGUGGAUAUCAAGGUCAACGGUGCCGUCCAGAAGGGUAUGCCCUACAAGGUCUACAACGGUAAGACCGGCGUCGUCUACAACGUCACCAAGUCCUCCGUCGGUGUUCUCCUCUACAAGGUCGUCGGCAACCGCUACCUCGAGAAGCGCAUCAACGUCCGCAUCGAGCACGUCAAGCACUCCCGCUCCCGUGAGGACUUCAUCAAGCGUGUCAAGGAGAACGCCCAGAAGAAGCGCCAGGCUAAGGAGCAGGGCAUCCACCUGCACCUGAAGCGCCAGCCCGCCCAGCCCCGCGAGGGUCACGUCGUCGAAGGUGCCGCUCCCGAGACCAUCACUCCUCUUCCUUACGACACCCAAAUCUAG